AUGGCCACCCCCUCCACAGCAAUCGUCCUCGUGGACCCCUACAACGAAUUCCUCCACCACGAGGGCAAAAUCUACCCCUGGGGCGCGGAGAUCUUGGAGGGGCUUGAGCCGGAUGUGGUGGGGAACGGGGACGUUGUUGCGAGCCGGCAUUGGAAUAAUAGCGGGUUUGCCAAUACCGAUUUGAACUAUCAGUUGCGACAGAGGGGUGUUACGCACCUCGUUAUGGCAGGCAUGAUUGCCAAUACCUGUCUUGAAGCCACGGCGCGGGACGCGAGAGAGCUUGGCUUCCAUGUUACCCUUUUAUCCGAUGCGACUGCUGGCUUCAGCACUGAGGCGAAGGAUGCCGCGACGAACCUCAUCUGGCCGUUGAUUGUGGAGAAUGUCACGACGGUUAGAGACUGGGUUCUUGAGAGUGAGUCCAAGGCCUGA